GGAAGUGAGUGCACAUUAGUGACAACAAGUGGCCAAUAAAUUUUCUCUCUUAAUGUAUUUAAGUCUGCAAAGUAAAUUUCUCAUUGUGCUAUUGGAUUAAAUCCCAUUACUUUGUUCUGUUCUAAGAGAUUUGAGCAAAUUAAACAAACAUCCAGUGGGAACAUUUUAAUCCGUCUACUCGUCACUUGGUGCUGGCAAAAGUUUAUGUACAAAGUAACUUGAUGAGUUGUGGUGUCUUCCAGUAGUGACAGGACCUCAUAGGAAGCGGUUACCACAUCAGACACCACCAUGACACAGCGGUAUCUAGCGGCCCUGGACUACGCCGAUUACAAUGCCAGACAGAUUCUCCGCAAACAUGCAAAGAAGCGCCCUCUGGGAGAGAUUGAACUUCGACACCGAUACACUCCAGCUCAGCCCGUUUUGUCCUGUCGGACGGUCAACAUUGACGUCAGCGGAACACGGACAUACCGACCCAGAUCCACCACAGACAUAAUACAGGAACAGCAUCAACUCAUUCACUCACUGUACACUAAAAGAUCUGUUGCAUCAGCACCCCCAAGACGAAGCCUUCCAACUCAAAACAGCAAUAGAAAAGUCCAGAGAAUAAAUAUUCAGGUAACUGGUCAGCCAUUGUCAGCUCAGUCCCAGAAUCAACUUCCACUCAGAAAAAAGUCCAUCACAAAAAAGCCCAAACCCAAUGGCAGGGCCAAGAGUGCUCCCUCUUACAAAGUAGUGCGAUGGAGUGAUGACCAUGACCUACUGAUGACGAGUCGAUCGACAAAGGCCUUAACAUCUGAAAUCCACCAGCAAUGGCAGCCAGAGAAUCAUGACCUCAGCUCUGGGGUCUUUGUCCGGGGACAGAGUAAAGCAGAGGCCCCUAAUAGCCUUGACACAUGGCUAACUUUUGGGGGAUCUGCACUUGCAGGAGAAACUCCUGGGGGAAUAAUUGAUGCCUUUGCACAAUUCAAGGAUAGUGGAGAUUUUUACAGUGUAGAGGGGGGAGUGGGGAGUAGAAUUGCCCAACAACUACAGAAAGGGGACCGAGUCAGAAUAGGAAUUAAUGGCCGCCCCCAGACUCAUCAUCUGAGACUCAAACAGAGAUGUCUUAGUGAGGAAGUAAUUGAAGAAGAACCACAGACUCAAAUGGAUAGAAAGCCAGUUGUUCCUUUGUGUUGGAAUGACCAAAUAAAUCAACCUACUGCAAAAGUUAUUUCCCCUAGAUCACGGAACAAUGAUCAACCUAGACCUAAUCUUUGUGAAACUCAUCCUGUAAUAUUUAGUCAUCCGGAAGAAAAUAAAACCCGUCCUAAGCUGGCCUCCCCCUCUCACGAGGGUUACAAAGUCCGACAACGACCCAAAUCAGGACCAGGUCUGGAUGGCCAUGAUCAGCAAAAUAAAAUCGUAGUUCUAUCCAUCGACCCCAGUGACGACGAGGACCGCCUCCAAUCCCUGACAGUGGACGACGUGCUCAAACAUUCCAUCAGUGCCAAAAACACUCCCAGACAGGAGGGCUCCAAAAAGGAGUCUCCCACAGAAAACAGUGAUUCUCCCCCGUUAGAUUCUGUGUCUGAACCCGAUGACAUUGAUCGCAGUCAAAGUAAGACUAGUGGAGCUGAAUCUCAUGUGAGCAGCAAUAGUGAACCAUCAAAGACUCCCAAAUUCAAAGCUGUUACCCCCUCUUUUACAAUGCAGCCAUAUGCGGUUGCUGACCUUUCGGUAGGGCCACCUUCUGGUUCAUUUGUAAGAUCUCAAAGUGAAUUAAGUGCUAGAUCUGUAGCCUCUAGUCGGGCGGGAAGUGAUAGGUCUCUGAGUAGGAACAGUGAUAGAGCUAGUGCAAAACACAUGUAUAAACCAGGCUCCAGUAAACCAAUCAGGGUCAGCAGCCCUGCCUCAUUUGCUGUGUAUGGAACAAAAGGAGAAACGGAAUUCAUUCAGAUUUCCACACAGAUCAGAAAUCCUAAUCCAAGAGAAAACUCUGUCAACAAGAAUUCGGAGGGAUUCAUUACACAGACAGCUAGCGAGGAGGCCAUACGUCAGGUGACAAAGCAGAAUAAAGCUGAGGAGAGAACCACGCCUCGAGUAACCCCCGCCCCGGCGUCCUCCCCUGAGCCCUCAGAACAGCUCUCCGCCGCCGCUACUCAGGUGGCCAUUAAUAUACCUACAGCAGAAGACUUUUCUGAUCGGGACUCCAUGAUGACAUCACCCUGGCCUACCAAUCGUCAUGACAACAAAGAUGUGGAGAGGAUAACGACUCUGAUGGAAGAUACUGCAGUGGAACGAGAAACUUCUCAGAAAUCAGUCAAGUUCAAAGUUGAUAAAUAAAAUCCACUGUCUAGACUGUAAAUUUAUUUUGAUCUUUGUCUGAUCAGGGACAUUUUAAACUUGAUAUCAAAUUUGAAGCCAUCCAAUCGAUAUUCAUACAAUAAUCAUAUUGUAUAUGAAAUCUUUUUGCUCACAAAUCUGAAUUUAUCUCCCUUUGAGGAGCGCAUUGUACUUUACUUAAUUUUUUGGAAUAUACAUUUAUAUAUUUUUAAAGAUGUGAUUCUUGAAUUUUUUUUUCAAUUAUCUAUGCAGAAAGGUACCAUUUAAAUAAUUUCCUUUGUGUGUGUUGUGAAGUCUAAAUAAUCAGGGAUACAUGUUGUCAAACUGUCCUGUUAGGUAGUGUUUUAAAGUUGUUGAUUUGUCCUGAACAAUUAAUGACCCUUAGUUUGCAUUUGUCAAUCCUUAAUUAGCUGAAGUGGGUUCAUCUUAAUUAGCAAGCUUUAUAAAAUAUGCAGAUAAAUGUGAAAGGUAUAACAAAACAUUCAUUGACUGGGUUGUUGGAGAGAAAGUGUUUUUCUAAAUCGCUUCAAAUCAAAUGCUGCCUUAAUGGCCUCACACAAAUAGCAGUUUGGUUUUUGGUCAUACAAAACAUCUUGCUCUUCAACACCAUUAAAUAUGUGUAUAGUAUUAGACAGAAUUAAAUAUUUUUAACUCCCCCCCCCCCCCCCGAUAGUUUCUCAAUCUGCCUGUACUUGGAAACUAAAAUAAUCAAUUAUGAAAGAAGUAGAUUGAAUGUUAAAUAAAGAUUAAGAAUAAUUAAUAUUUCCUUUUAAUAUUGUCUGUUUUUCUAAAUGUAUUCAGUAAUUCUCCAUAAUAUGGUGCCAAAUAAUCAGUAUCUAACAUACUUUACAUUUCCGAUUUCAUAAAUGCAUGCAUGUCCUGCAUGGGCAAUCACUCCUUGCUAAGUAUGUUUGUGAUAUGGGAAUUUUUUUUCUCGCAUGUUAAAAAUUGUUCUUAACAUAUUAAAUGUGUAUUUCCAAUUUUGUAUUUUUAUACAUUUUGUAAAACUUAUUGAAUAAAUUUUUAUAGAUAUUUAUGCAUGCUCUGCUUGGGAUUUUGAAAAAAAAUUGUAGUUUUUGUUUCAUCUCUGUAUUUGGGUGAUCUUUGGUCUUAGUUCUGUACACAUUUGUUGUUUGUACUUUAAU